AUGCGGCACCUUAUCGCCGGGGGCGGCGGGGCGGCGGCGCGGCGGCGGCGGCAGAGCAAAUGUACGGGGCGUUUCACGAAUUUCGGCACAGACGGCAAAGACAAAAGAGCAAAAAAUUACAGAGACCAACAAGGAGAUAAACGGAAGAAAUACAGAGAAGGAGACCAAAAGACACACGGGAAAGAACUCAAAAUAGGAGAAAGACACACGGCGGAAAGACAAGGUAGAAACGAGAAAAAGAAAGGAAAAACCAGAAAGACAGGAAAAAAGGCAGACGAAGAAAGACAGAAGAGGUUAAAAAUAGAUGAGGAAAAUAACGAAGGAGAAGAAGACAGAUCUGACGAAAAGCAGAAGGAAAGCAAGACAAGGGGGAGGAAAGAGAGGAAGAUAGAAGUAAAGAAAAGAAAGGAGAUCUGGGAUGAAAACAGAUGA